UUUGGGCGAGGCGGCUUCAGCAAGUUCCGGGCCGGGACGGUGGUGGAAAUCAGCGUCAGACUCAUGGAGAGCGGCGGGAGCGCAUAUGGAGCGGCGAAGGCCGGCGGCACCUUUGACUUGUGGCGCUUCUUGCAGCAGCCACAGGUGGUGGUGCGCAUCCUGAGCGCGGUGUUUGCACUCAUAGUUUUCUCCUGCAUCAUUGGGGAAGGUUACACCAACCGUCAUCCAUCAGAACAGCUUUAUUGCAUCUUUAACCAUAGCGAGGAUGCCUGUCGUUAUGGCAUUGGAAUUGGUGUGCUUGCCUUCCUGGCCUGUGUAUUCUUCUUCAUGGUUGAUGCCUACUUCCCACAGAUUAGCAGUGCCACGGAUCGCAAGUAUCUCGUUAUGGCAGACUUGGGCUUCUCAGCCCUCUGGACCUUUUUGUGGUUUAUUGGAUUCUGUGUGCUGACAAACCAGUGGGCAUCAACAUCGUCUGUGGAUGUAAACAUUGGGGCUGAUUCUGCUCGUGCUUCAAUUGCCUUCAGUUUCUUCUCCAUUUUCUCAUGGGGGCUCCUGAUCACUUUUGCACUUCAACGCUACCGCAUGGGUGUGCAAGAUUUUGCUAACAAUUACGUUGACCCGGCUCCAGAUCCACCCACCCCCUACUCCAGCUAUCCGAAUGUCAGCCACGAAAGCUACCAGCAGCCCCCCUUCACUCACAUGAGAGAGGACUCAGAGGGCUACCAGCCUCCACCGGUGUAUUGACAUGCUACCGUGGUUAAAAGUAUCUAGCAGGGAUAGCCAUGAGUGCAGUUGAUUCACUGCUUGGUUGGGGAGCGGGCAUCCACUGCUAAAGUGGCAAGGCUGCCAGGUGUUUUUUGUAUGGGAUAGGUUCAGGGAUAUUCCUGCUCUCCUUUGCCGUUUCUGAAAGUGGCUUCUCUUAAAGAACAUGCUCUAUGUUCCUUUCAGCUACGGGCUGAAAGUAUUCUUUUUGGCUUGUGUGUGAAUUAUAAGACAUGACAUUGCUGGAUCAGUGCAGUGGAAUCCUCAAGAGUGGGCAUCAGAUCUCUUUGUUGUGGCAUAUUUCUGAGAUAGGUGAUACAACUUAUUUUUUCCACCAACAGCAAGUAGAGAGUUAAAUGUACCAUUCUUUUAUUCCCUAGGGAGAACUUUGACGUUCCUAAUUAAGGAAUAUGUUUUCCCAGAUGUGCCAUUAUGCCACUGCCUAGAUAGCCUUUUUCACUGUAUUCACAACUCCCGUGUAGGGUUCAAUUCCCAUGGCUCCUAUGGUGCUGCUUUUCUAGAUUGGGUGAAGGAGGUGUAGUUCAUCCUUAGUUCUGCUUUUUCAUCAUGGAUGGACUUGAUGCCAAAGCCUAUAUGUGCAGGCCUUUUUGGUUCUGUAAAACCACGUGUAUAUAAAAAUGUGGACUUAACUACUGCAAUAUGAGUAGACGUUGACUGCUGUAUACCUUAUCUAUUCAGUCCUAGUUCACAAUGGGGAGAUGAAGCUUCCUUCUGGAUUAGGUAUUCAGACCAUGAACUGCAGCUACUGAUUCUGAUAUGCGCAUAUAUUAUGAGAAGGCAUGACAGUUCCUAUUCUGAGAUAGAGAUACAACUUCAGGCUUUCAGUGCCAACUUUUCCUGGAUAAAUAAAACUUACAGGAAGAACUGUCGUCUCCUUUCUUACACAAUUGCAAGCAGGUUAUCUAUUUCCCAACUCUACUUGAUAUUAAAAAAAUGUUCUCUAGUAGUAGGAAGAAGGUUCAGAAGUGUUGAGCACCAAAACUGAAAUAAAUAUUUUCACUUCUACUGUU